AUGAGGACCUUACAAGACAGCUAUGUUUCAGAAAAAUCGCUAUCAUACAGGAGUCGAUCCAAUUCAAAGAGGAUGAAACUGAAAAGACUACUCCGCCCACAAAAAUAUGGGAAAAACAUUAAAGACAUGGAUACUGAAACGGAACGAAAUAUGUUGACCUCCACAUUGAGAAUUUCGAAGUGUCCGUCUUAUAGAAAGUUAGGAUCAAUAAGGCAAAAUAUUACCGAACAUUUGUUUAAUAUGAGCAAGAAGGAGGAUAACUAUUCAGUAGACCGGAAGAUGAGUGGUGAAAAAGAGGAGUUGCCCACAUACGAUUCAUAUCGUAUUAGAAGUCCACAUUUACAAUUGCUAUUUGAUGAUUCAAUUAGAUCUGAGCUUCCACUAAAUGAAGAUUAUAGCAAAGCAUCAAUAAGGAAAAUGGGUCCAUUCCAAACAAGAAAUUACAUAGAUUCCAAAGAUAUAAGUAUAAGUUACAAUCCCCUAAGGACCAGCUCAAUUUCAAGCAACAUUUCGAAGUACUCAAACAAUGAAACAAACGUACACACAGACUCUACCUAUGAUUAUAGCUUCAAUGUUAAGGAAAAUCCAAAGGAGUCUUCACAAAAAGGAAACAAGGAACUUCACACAGCAAUACUUCUGGAACAGUUAGAUGGUGAAGAUCAAGAUCACGAAUGUUCAAUGAACUCUUCACUUUCGAUCGAGCGAACACCUUACAGUUAUUUAACUAAUAAUCAUAAACAGUUUGAAUAUGCACAUGCUGGCCACAACACUUUCAAACAGAACUCAAUCCCAGAUGAAUCUGUAACUUGUGAAAAUAUAGUACCUCAUGACUCCUUUGACGGGGAAGAAGUUGAUCUAUCGUUUAAUAACCAAUUUAUCUCAGCCGCUGAUUCCUCUUCUUACUCUGAAGAAUCAUCAAGUGAAGAUAAUACAAUCUAUACAGUCCCAACUUUCAGAAAGAAUACUGAAGAAUGUCAACCUAGCAUCGCAGGAAUAAUCCAAAAUUAUGGUAAAGGAGCAUUAACAGAGAGAACACUAUUGAAAUUAUUAAAACAUCAUGAUCGUCCUGAAACAGGCGCACCAAGUAUUACAUUUAGAGAUAAAAGGUUUUAUGAGAACCUAGAUUUAGAUAUGGAAAACAUGGACAAUACAGAAAAUAAAAGUAAUUUUAAUGAGAUCAGACAAAGCGUAAUUGAUGACAUAGGUGAAAACACUCAGCAGAGUGUUCGCUUUAAGGAUAAAUCUGAGGUACUUUAUUUUAAAACUGGUAGUACCAGAAUUAAAAGAAAUUUAACACAUCACUGCAAAGAAAAUAAAGGAUAUCUAUCAAUUGAUGAUAUGGAUGAGAAAAUGAUAUCGACGAGAUCAAUUCUUAAGGCGAGAGAAAACCAGCGACAACAUAUUGAAUCAUACAACGCAGCAUUAUGCGACACAGUUUCUAUGAAAGAAUUCAUGAAAAUUCUUAAUUAUUAUGAUAAUGAAAGGGCAUUCAAGGAAGAUGAGUAUUCCUUAGCCAGGGGGGAACAGUUGAAGCAUUACGAAUAUUUUGCUAGGCAGAUAUCUGGCAACGAUAAUUCAUGUAGAAUGGAGAGUGAGAGAUCAUUGGGACGAGCUGAUAGAGAAAGAAGUCAAAAAUUUAACUUUGCCCAUUAA